UCAGAGCAUCCGAUGAAGUUGUCACCCGGGGCAUUCUUCCUUUCCUGCGUCAUGAGACCAAACUAAAGCAAAGCAUCUCUUUCCAUAUAUAUAUACUCCUACUAACCUCACGAAGCAAAGCGUCUCCAUGGGUUCCAAGAAGGACGCAGCACCAACCUGGGCAGAGCAGUGGGGCUCCGGCGGCGACGGGAGCAGCAAGAAAGGAGGAGCCGGGAGCGGGAGCGGCGAGAAGAAGACGACGGUGGCCGGGAACGUGAAGGCGGCGGCGUCGGAGAGCCUCGUGAAGGCGAAGGCGGCGGCGAUGGUGGGAGCGCAGAAGGUGAAGUCCGGCACGAGCAGCGGCAUCAAGUGGGUGAAGGAGCAGUACCAGAAGAGGGCUUCCAAGUGACGGAGCUCACUCUGAUGCGUUGCCAUGCCAUCUCAAUCUCACCAUUGUUGCUUUUAAUUAGCUCGAAGAUGCGUCGACCUGACGACAGAUUAUGUAGUCGUACGUCUUAGGUGUUAUUCAUUUGGUUGAUCUUAUUAAACUUUUGGGUUCUUAAUACAAGAGUUUCUUGAAUUACGAAGGUUGAUGUAAUAUUGCAUCCUGCAGUGUGUAAACAUUACUAGUCGGCUUAAGCAUGAAACUUACGUCGUCGUUAACUUGUUA